AUGGACUUUAUUGUCAUAGUUCCAGCUCGCUUCGCAUCGACUCGUCUCCCUGGCAAGCCUUUAGCUGACAUCCAUGGAAGACCUAUGAUCGCGCAUGUUGUCCAAAAGGCGCAAGAAUCUGGAGCAGCUCGAGUUGUUGUUGCCACCGAGCAUCCCGAUAUUAUCAAAGCAGCUGAAGCAGCACAUGCCGAAGCACUCUUGACCCGGGACGACCACGAAAGCGGAACCGAGAGAUUGGCAGAGGCAGUUGAUCUGCUCAAAAUUUCUGACGAUGCAAUAGUCGUCAAUGUGCAGGGAGAUGAGCCUUUUAUCGAGUCUCAUCUUAUUGCGCAAGUGGCUCGGGACCUGUCAUUGCAUGGUACUGAGAUGGCUACAUUAGCCACCCCCAUUAUGAGCGCGACGGAUGCUGCUGAUCCAAAUGUCGUGAAAGUCGUGCUAGAUGCCGAUGGAAAUGCCCUGUACUUCUCACGAGCCAUGAUACCCUGGGACCGGGACGCCCAUGAUCUCAACUGCGCGAAAGAGGGAUUGCUUCGGCAUAUCGGCGUCUAUGCUUACCGCGCCGGGUUUCUGAGGGCGUAUCCGAGACUUAGACCAACAUCGUUGGAGCAAACCGAGAAGCUGGAACAAUUACGAGCAUUAUAUUAUGGCAAGAAAAUUCAUGUAUCAAUUACGAGCUCGGCACUCAGUUUAAGUGUGGAUACUAAAGAAGACUUGGAAAAAAUUCGGAACAUGAGUCCAGCGUGA